UCUUUCUUCACUGAUGAGUGAAGUCGUUCAAGCCAUCUACAUUCGAGAAACUGAAACUCGACAACAACCUAAACCACAUACAGUUUACAAGAUUGAAGUACAUGCUGCGGUGCGCAAUUGGUUUGUCUGGAAACGAUAUUCAGAAUUUGAGAAAUUAGACACCAUGUUUCAAACCAUAUUCCCUAAACAUACACGGCCUGUUUCACUACCGCCCAAACAUUACUUUCCUCGGACCUUCAAUGAUCCAGAAAGGAUCGAAGAGCGACGACGAGGACUUGAGGCUUACUUGCGAGGUAUUCUGAGCAGCCGAGACGAUCGAUGGAGAUUGACAGAUAUCUGGAGAGAGUUUUUAGCUAUACCAAACAACAAUACAUUAUCAACCAAGGAGAUGUACACAUCCGAGAGUUGGCUAGAUGAAUACCAUACGAUGAGCAACACGGCACGAGAAGUCAGAUCGUUGAUGAAUCGAAAACAUACCCAUAUGGCACGUAAUGAAAUAUCAGCAUCACACCAGUGCACAGUACAAGCCAAGAAGCUCCUCGUCUUUUUGUCAGCCAAGUUAUCGACACUUGAAUCCGGACUGAAUAGCUUAUCAGCUAUUUUAUCAGAGGGCGAACUGAGAAGACGACAAGAUAUGGUCUCAUCUCUCAAAGAUGAAAAGGAUGCUCUCAUGCAGCUCGCUAAUACCUCCGCACGCGCCGAUCAGCAACUUGAACAACAAAAGCAGCAGCCUGUCACGCAGGAACGAAAAGCACUAUUUAAUGAAAUCAAACCAGAACGCAAAGGUAUGGGAAGAGCGUUUGGUGCAGCCUACAAAAAACAACUACAAGAGACAGAAGUGACAAGGGGAUUAGAUAAUGAAGGGUUAGUUGUCUAUCAGGACCAGUUGAUGAAAGAACAAGAUCAGCAAAUUGAACAGUUUAGUUCUAUUUUGGCCAGACAAAAGCAAUUGGGUAUUACGAUUGGACAUGAAUUGGAUACACAAAAUCAAUUAUUGGAUGAAUUGGAUGCUGAUGUCGACAGAACUCAAACCAAACUCAAAUUUGCUAAUAAAAAGCUACAAAAGAUAAAAUAAGGAGAACAUUUUUUGUUCUCUUUUUCUUUAUUUAUUUUGAAAGGAGUUUAAGAGGAAAGAAAGGGGGGACACAUUUUUGAUUAACAAUAAAUUUUUUCUUUUUUCUUCCUUUCUUUUUUUUUUUACUUUUUUCUAUUAUGGAGCAAUCUUCUACGACAGCAACAACAACUUCAACAAAACAAGCCAAAAAGGCACCUGGAUUCUUAUUAGGAGUAUCUGAAGAUCGCAAUAAACGAUGUCGUAGAACAAUGGAAGAUGCUCAUACCUUUGUAUUCAAUUACAUGGGUGUACCUCGUCAGGGCUUCUUUGCUAUUUUUGACGGACAUGCUGGAAAGGCAACAGCUGAAUGGUGUGGGAAUAACUUUGAUAAAGUAUG